UUGAGGUGACAACACUGCCCCGCACAGAGAACGCAUUCUCACCCGUCAAUUAUUUGAUUAUUUUUUCUUUUUUUUCUAGUAAACUAUGUAAUCGUUUAGUGGAAUGUGUUAUGUACAGCUUCAUUGUGAGAUGUUAAGCGAGUGAUGUGAUGGCUGUUCUCAAGGCAUCUUCGGCUUGACAGCCUUGACCCUCUUGAUUUUGACAUGGAUAUAGUGUGUGUACCACCCAACAGAGGGAACACAGUAGCAAUGGUAGUGAGGACAACACUGGUGUUGGUGGCAGUGGCAGUGUUGGCAGGACUCCCAGUGACACGUGGACAGAAUCUCACCCUUCAAAAAGAACGUUUGCCAAACCCAAACGGACAACACAAUGAAAAGACAAACGUAUUCCAUAGACAAGGUUACGAAGCAAAGUACUUCAAAUGUCGAUGUGAGGGAAAUCAGGCCAUAAACGGUUCUGAAUGUGUGGAUAUACAAACCAAAGUGUUAGUGACGAAUCCUGACACAGGCGUCAUUCAAGUGUCCUUGACGGAUGACUUUGUCGGAGUAACGGUGGGAAGUGUGGACUGUUUUGGAGAUUAUGUGCAAAUGGACUUAGAUUUUAAAAGUGAUCCAGCACACAAAUUCACUCUCCUUCCAAACGGAGCUUUACUGUGGCACCAGCGAGAAUAUGAACACUACUGCAUUGACCACGUACUCAACAACGCUGAAGGGGUCCCCAUCCCUUCCAAGGCUCGUGUGUGUGUCCCGCCGCCAGCAGUGCCCCGCUGCUGCCUUGGAAAUCAAGAUGGUUCCGGUUCCCUUCCCUGUGGUGAUGAUAAUUCUAACAUCGUUUCUCGCCUCGCAUCGUGAUGGGCAAAACGUUUGUAAAGUGGUCCGAGGUAACAACUUUGCCUGGGCGAAAAUGUACGCAACACGAGAAAGAGAUAAACAUCCCUCUUAACGUAAGCAAAGGCCGCCUCCUCUACGACUACGAAUCAGGUGCGGUAUCUAUAGUUUGGACAACGCCUUACUUUAUCAAGGAAAUACUGCAGGAAGGAUUCUGUGUGCGGCGUGAGGAAGGGGACAGCUACGUGGCCACCAUCUGUUACGAGGACCAUGAAGCUGUUCAUCGAAACUUGUGUGGAGACGUGACCUGUGUGCGGAAGUGUUGUCCCGAUGGACAAGUUCAUUCUAAGGAAGGAAUAGAUUGUCUCCCUGCGGAACAUGAAGGCCAGGUCUGGGAGCCAAAUUUUGUUGACACAAAUCUGACUAAUGUCACGCACUCCGGAAACUUGACCGUCUUGCAUGGAUGGCCCCAAUGUUUUAUCUAUAAGGCUGACCCUUCAAUACACAAGGACGACAAAUUUUACCUUUUGGAAAAUGGCGAUUUGUUCAGUCCCUUCAGUAAUCAUCGCGAUCCACCCACCAGUUACUGUGUCGACAACUUCUUAAUCGAUGACGACAAGAUCGUCACAAAAGCAUUCAUAUGCUCUGUUGAGGAUGAUAUGCAUGCGGAACCCGUGUGCACUAACGCCAGACGCACCAUAUACCCUGUACUCUUGCUGGUGUCAACGGCAUUCUUAGGCAUCACUCUAAUCAUCUACCUCAGCGUACCAGACCUGCGGGGCAAAUUACACGGUCGUUGCCUCAUCUCCCUCGCCUUCGCUUUCUUCGUGGCCUUCUUAUUGAUAUCCAUUUCUUACCUGACCAAUACACCGCAGUCGCCAGGUGUCUGUAUUACUAUAGCCUUCUUCAAGCACAUGAGUCUGCUCGCCGCUUUCUUCUGGCUCAACGUCAUGUCCUUCGAUAUCUGGAGGACUCUCAGAAAAACACGAAAGGUAGCGGCGGGGCGGCAGAGUCUGUACCGCUUUCGGUGGUACUCCCUGUAUGCGUGGGGCAGCGCACUAGUUAUCGCGUUGGUGGCCGCGGUGUUGGAGCAGCAGCCGCUCGACUCAGGCAUUAUCAGACCAAACUUGGACAACAUUUUCUGCUGGUUCGCAGUCGGCAAGUCGGUUUGGAUCUACUACUACGCGUGGGUGUCCCUGGUGCUGGUGACAAACAUGGUCCUCUUCGCGCUGGUGAUCGUCAUUCUGAUCAAGAGACAAAGGAACUCGUUGCUCAGGCGAAGUCGUGAAAUGAAUCGAGAAAGGAUGUGGCUGUGCGUGAAGCUGUUCCUGGUGAUGGGUGUGACGUGGAUUGCAGAGGUGGUGUCCUAUCAACACGGCAGGUGUAUCGAAUGGAUAGUCAUGGACAUCAUCAACACACUGGAAGGUCUUACGCUCUUCUUGGUCUUCAUUCUCAACCGAACCACGUUACGCAAGAUCCGCGAGAGAUGGGGCUGUGGUGUCACCCCCAAUCUUCUUUCCCGAAGCGCCACGUUCACAACGAGCUUCUCCAGCACCCUCUCCUUCUACAGCAGGAAGCAGGGCAGCAUCAAGUCCAACCACGGCAAUUCAAAGUACACAGGCAACACUUCGAACUCUGGAGCCAUGGAAAUGAGAUCUAGAUACCCCCUGAAUACCUUGAGCGAGGAGCUGGAGGAGUCAACACAAGUUGAGUCUGCUGGAUAUGAGUCAGAGGGUGGAGCAACUUCGCGCCCCAACAAGGGCAACGAAGAGAUGCCGGCCAUCUUUUCUAAGGUUUAUGACAUUUAAUCCGAAUGCGCUUCCUCCUCCUCCUACUACAACUAACAGUACGUUUUUCUUACUGUUUCUGCUGCUCCUCGCCCUCAUCCUGCUACACCUUUAUUCCAUUUGAUAUAGAAUUUCAGAUAGUCUUAAAAGUGAUAAGAAUCGGUUAUACUGAUGAUGAAUGUCAUAAACGUUAUUAGAAUAAGUGAUGAUUGUCAUGAAAAAAAAAAAACGUGUUUCGACAGGGAAUAAAUAGAAAAUAGACGAAUGACGUGUAAUUUAAGUGGAGGUGUGUGUUUCUCCCUCCCUUCAGUGCUUUACUUGCUAAUAUAACCCAGAAAGCAACUCAUGAUUCCAUUUCAGUCUCUCUCCGCACAGUGAAGCUUAUGACAACCCUUCUGUGAGACAAUUUCAUGCACCUGUAUGACCACGUUGUACUUGGCGUAAACAAUAUGGUAAAUGAUUCAUAGCCGACAGGAAAUGUCUAUCAUGAGUUAGUAAUAGUGAUAACAGCAGCAGCAGCUGCAACAGCAUUAGUAGUAGCAGCAGCAGCAGCAGCAGCAGCAACAGCAACAGCAGCAGUAACUGUAGUAGUAGUGGUAGUAACAGUCGUAGUUCUGUUCACAGCCUCAUCUUUAUUGCUGUCUUUCUGCCACCUCCGCGUGGAUUAUUUGUACGCCCAUCAGGCUUAGGUAUAGUUAAAUAGUUAGGAUUCCCACUGCCCCGUGUUUUUAGCCUUGCCUCUUCACUCUCCUCUCCUUAGCGGCAACAGAAGGUGUCUGUUGCGAGGUUGUCAGAUUGUCUUUCCUCUCUCACUUACGGAGGAUUCGCCUCAGUGAGCGUGCUUUUGGGGUGAAUUGACAACGUCCGGCCCCCCUAGAGUAGUCUGGCAGGAUAACCCGACGCUAGGAAACUCCCCCCUGACUUCUUCCCACUUGUGUCCCGCACCCCUCCUGCAGGAGGGGGUGUACCUUCCCCCUCCAUGCCUGAUGGACCUUCCUAUCCUUCCCCAGCAAAGGGGAGGGAGGACACUGAUCGACGACCCCCGACUGCCAGACUGUCUAUAUAUUGACCCUAAUAAAGCAACAUGUGACCCUGCACUCUAAGACUACCACCCGCCUCUCUACAGUAACUAAUUUAUUAUCAAGAAGGUAAUUGACUACCAUGUUGGGAACGUGAUUAAUGUUAAAAAACUUGAUAGUGGUGAUUUGUUAGUUCAAACGCUUCACGUAAAUCAAGUCAAAACACUUUUGAAACUCCAGCGCAUCCAUGACAGAGAUCGAGCCUUCGAUUCCGGUGUCCAUGAACUCGUAUCGGGGAGUCGCCUCCCACCGCGAUUUUGUGGACAUGGACUCGACU